UUUUGUUACAUUAACUUCAGCAGUGUAUAUAUGAGUGCAGAUGUGUCACUUUUCCUGUUAAUUCAUUUUCAGAUUCAUCAUGGCAGUCAUAAGAGCUCUUGUGCUUCUUUUCUUGGUCUUUUCUGUUGAGAGUGCAGCAGCUCAUCACUGCCAUCAUGGUUGGCAACAUUUUGGAAGGCAUUGCUACAAAUUCUUCUCUGAGUCAGUUAACUGGGUCAGAGCUGAGAAAAACUGUCAUUCCAUUGGUGGAAAACUUGCAUCUGUGCGCAAUACAGCGCAAAACAACUUUCUCCUGAGUAUUGUGCCUGCUAACACACGUACUUGGAUUGGUGGCCAUGAUGGUGAAAUUGAUGGACAAUGGCUGUGGACUGAUGGAUCUCAAUUUGACUUUACCAACUGGUGCCCUACAGAACCUAACAAUAAUGGUGGUCCCGAGAGCUGCCUGGAGAUAAACUUUAGCAGUAACCGUUGCUGGAAUGAUGCACCCUGUUUAGCCACAAUGGGCUACAUUUGUGCCAAACCUCUGAGAUCAUGAAAAAUCAAUCUGUUUCAGAAGUACUAUGAUUGUACUACAUACCUAUAUAUUUUUUUCUAAUCUUAUCU